UAUAUUGGUAGAGCAGAGUGUGAAUCCAUCAUAACACCUCAUCCAUCACAACUUCAUCAUGUUUGCAUCUGUGGCUCUUCUCUUUGUGGCUGUUUUGCUCUUCCUGCUCUUCUGCCAGACCCAGAGAUCCAAAAAUUUCCCUCCAGGCCCUCGACCCAUCCCCAUCCUUGGAAACUUGCUGGACAUCAAUCUGGACAACCCCACUGCAGAUCUGGAGAGGUUGGCAAAAUGCUACGGCAGCAUCUACAGCAUUUUCAUUGGUCCCAGGCCUGCAGUUGUCAUCAAUGGGGUGCAGGCCGUGAGAGAAGCCCUGGUCAACAAAGCUCCUGACUUCUCUGGGAGACCACAAAAUCAACUGAUCUCUAACGCUGUACGAGUGAAAGCUCAUGCUCCUGGAGUGAUUCUAGCAGAUUAUAACCAAGGCUGGAGAGAGCACCGACGCUUUGGCCUGACAACCCUGAGAAACUUUGGUUUGGGGAAGCAGUUCAUGGAGCAGAGAAUCCUGAACGAGACACAAUACAUCAUGAAGCUAUUGGAGCAGAGUGUUGGUAAGCCCAUGAACCCCCACCUGACGUUCCACAAGGCAACCUCCAACAUCAUCUGCCAAGUUCUGUUUGGCGGGCGGUAUGACUAUGAGGAUGAGUUCGUGAAGUUUUUUGUUGGCAUUUUUCAUGAGAUCCCCAAAAUAAUCAACGGGCGCUGGGGCAUUAUCUAUGACUUUAUUCCCCUGGUGCGCAACCUGCCACUGCCCUUCCAGAAAGUAUUUAAGAUGUUGCGGGCUGCACAUGAGAAAUAUUCAGCAGUGUUGGCUAUGAACAAAAAGACCAGAGUUCCUAAUAAGCCACGGCAUUUCAUAGACUGCUACCUGGAUGAACUGGAUAAGAGAGCAGAUGAUGGCUCAACAUUUUCUGAAGAUCAGCUUUGUGCAUUUCUUCUCGAUCUUCACAUUGCUGGGACUGACACAACUUCAAACACCCUGCUUUUUGCCUUCCUCUACCUAAUGAAUUAUCCACAGAUACAAGAGCGUUGUCAGCAGGAAAUAGACCAAGUUCUGGAAGGGAAGGAUGAAGCUAGUUUUGAAGACAGACACCAGAUGCCCUAUGUGCAGGCUGUCAUUCAUGAGAUCCAGAGAGUGGCUAACAUUACUCCUCUGAGUGUUUUCCACUGCACCACUAAAGACACAGAGUUAAUGGGAUACUCCAUACCCAAGGGAACUAUUAUCAUCCCCAAUCUGUCCUCAGUGCUGUAUGAGGAGGGACAGUGGAAAUCCCAUCGUGAAUUCGAUCCUGAAAACUUCCUCAAUGAGAAGGGAGAGUUUGUGAAGUCAGAGUCCUUCAUGCCUUUCUCUACAGGUCCUCGUGUGUGUCUUGGAGAGGGUCUGGCUCGCAUGGAGCUCUUCCUCAUCUUGGUGACUCUGCUGAGGAGGUUCAAGUUCAUCUGGCCUGAGGAUGCAGGAGAGCCAGACUUCACUCCUGUUUAUGGAAUUGCCCAAACCACUAAACCUUAUCACAUGAAGAUCCAACCCAGAGAAACUAUCAAGAAAAACCAUUAAUGUUACCAGGUCAGAAAAUGGAGGAACCAAUAUGGAGACAGUGAUACGAGAUAAGGUGAACAAGACAAACUUUAAUUAACUUUUUAGAGAUUAAAGGAUCAGAAGCAGUAAACAAAACAGCAAAUGGGAGUCCACAUAAAUAAAAGUCCAAGCAAAGAAUUAACCAAACAAGGGAGAUCCAGAAACCAUAGGCAGAAAACACAGAACACAGGGAACACAGGAAACUCUGAGAAACACAAAGUGCAGGGGUUGCAGGGUAGACGGCAAACACAGGGAACUCAGAAAUGCACAGCAAGCACAGGGAAUACAGAGAAACAGAAAUCUCUGGGAAUGCAGAGCAACACAGAAAACUUGAAACGCAGAGAUUACAAGAAGCACAGACAAACUGGCAACACAAGAGCACAGGUAUAUAAAGGGGAGUUAACAGGAAAAUAACAGGGGAGGAGCAAACAAUAAAAAAAAGUACGUGAAAGCAAUAGAAGACAUAAGGGGAGAAAAUCUACAAAAUAAAACAGGAAGCUAACUCAACAGAAACUUCAAAACAUGACAGUUAAGGCAAAGAUUACCCUAAUACUGCAAUUAUCUUACUGAAACAUUGAUCAAAAUUCAACUUUUCAAAAUAAAAUUGGUCUUAAAGCUGCAGUAAUCAAUAAUUUUAGAUGGACCAGGCCAAACUGACUUUGUUGUAUGUGAAAGGCCCACUGGCAGUGACAGAUCCACAUAUUUUCACCAGCUGCAGUUUCCCUGAGCUGUAAGGCUCUUGACUGGGUCUCACUUUCAAGCUGCAGCUGUUUACCUGUCCAGCAGCAGACAGUAAAUAACCAAACUUAGAAAGUAGCUGGUGAACACAGUGAAGCAUUUAGCAGCUAAAUAACCAGAUAUUUCCUAGGAGUUGGUAAGAGUCCAGAACAGAACAACAAGAGGAGUGAAUGUUGAACUCACAUUCACCAGGUGAACAGUGAUACAAUUUUGAAUAAAUGUUAAUGUUGCUCUAACCGCAGGAUGUGUAAACAAGGUACUGUGAUAUGUCAGUGUUGUGCCAGAUAAAUGCAGCUUUUGCAACUUGAAACACAACAGGGGAUAGAGAAGAAUAUCUAUGAAGUCUUUGCUGAAGACAACAAUGGUGCUAAUUGUAGUCAUAGUGUAGAUCAGUAUUGUUUACAGAUUAUAUUUGAUCAGGUAAAGCAAAACUCUCAUCCUGAGGUUAUGAUUAUCAUAAAAUGUAUUACUUAGUCUUCCCUUAUUGCCAGUAUAAAAUUGAAAUUGUAAAAUGAUGUAACAUUUUAUCAAAUAAAUUCAAAGGUUGUGAAGCAUCA